CUUAUGUUACUAGGACGAAUCGACUUGCAAACGUGUUAAACUUGUGAAAUGAAGGACACUGAUCAACAGCAGUUGCCAGCUUUACUUAUUCAAUCAUCGAGAAUUAAUAGUUGGUUGUUGUCACGCAAAAUAAUACAGACGGACUAUCCGAAGAAACUGAAGGACAUAGACUGCAAAGUCAACGACUAUUUUAAUAAGUACCCUGAAGUUAAUGUCCCGAUUUUUGAAAGCCCAUCAUUGUUCUUAGGAUGCCGUGAAUUUUUAGAAGCCCUAGCCAAGACAGACAACAAAACUGACUUCUUCGGACGUUCUAGUCCGUUAGUCCGCGCAUGGACAGAAGUUCUCAGUUUGUUUCAGAAAAAUAACUUAUACUUGGCUGAAGUAGGAGAUUCAAUCAAUGAGUUAGCUGCUGUGCAUGUCCCUAGGUGUAAAAUGUUCAUUUCAGACAGACACAAAAAUUUAUUGGACUUACGCCAAAGGCUAAAGGAACAAAGUUUAAAUCUCAUCAGAAAAGAAGAGCUGUUGGAGAAGGUUUAUAAAGAAUUCCACGUUGAUGUCAAGGAAGAAAACAUUAGGUUGCGUCUUCUGGAGGAGGCUGGGAAAGUCCCUAUGCUUUUGACAGAAUUUGUACACUCUCUCACUUCCCUGAAAACCGCGCUCCAGCUGUACGUUAGCUUCAAAAACUUUGUCCUCGGAGGUUUUCAGGAUGACUAUCACGAACCUGAAAAGUUUUAUGGUUGCUGUCCCACCCUAAAACUACUAAUUGAUUCAGGCCAUGUUAUGGUGUUUACAUGGAAAAAUGGAUGUGAGCCGGAGCACAUUGAAGGAAGUGAUGAUUUUGUUCCCUUUCUUUUACAGCAGGAAAAAAUGAAAGUUAACCAGUUAUCAAUGGAAUUGAGUCAAAAUGUAUUUACAGAUUCAAAUGUUCCUUCUGAACUAAACGAGAUUUUGUGGGAUGAAAACGAAGUAGGAGCAAUAGAUUUCGGUCCUUUUGAUGUAGAGUCUGUGGAAAACAUUGAAAUUGAAAGGGAAAACAUGGUGUCAACCUCUUCAUCUGGAACGCCAGAUAAUCCAAACGUUGAUUCUGCCAGUCAGUCUAAUGUUCCAUCGUCAAUAAACGAAAGAAAACCAAUAGUUGCUUCUGGUGCAUCUGCUCGUUAUCUUUUAGACUCAGUUGAUGGACGUCAAGCUCUUUUAAAUGAUCUACUUGAAUUGAAUGCGUUUCUUCAACGUUUUCAGGAGGAUUUACUCGAACGAUUAGAUAAUGAAAGUGAGCAUCAGCUCAGUAGAACUGGAUGUAAUGCGUUCAAACCUUCCGGUGGUAUUGGUUGUGAUACCAUUCAGAAUAUUAUCAUACAGAAUGCUCCAAACGAUCUGUCAUAUACAUCAAAUGACAUAUCUAGAAUGAUUGAACUUGUUAAAGAAGCUUUGAAUAAGCUAACUACAAGGUAGUUUUAAUAGUUACUACUCCAUAGUCUGAAUAUGAAAUAUCUACUAUAUGUGACUAAUCUAUGACGUUUUGUUUAUUUAAAGUUCUUUAAGCCAAUUAAUGAUGAUACGAACUAGAAUAGGAUACUUAGAUCGAUUGACUGAUCGACUUCUGGAUUAUAGACGUCAAGUAGAACUGGCUAGAACAAGAUGCAGUCAAACACAGAAACUGAUCGACAAAGCACUAAUGGAGCAACAGGAGAAGACAACACAACUCGCGCAACUCAAGAACUAUUGUAAGAAGUUAGUUAGCUUUGUAAGUUUUGUGCAAUCCACUCAUACUGUUGCCAUUUUUAUCUAUUUCAAUACUUUCAUCAUGUGUUCGUAAAUUAUCUUAAUCCUGAGAUGUUAGGUUAUGUAACUUUAAAUCUAUUUCGUACUAUUAAACAUAUUUGCAUUUCUAUGAAAAUCAAUAUUCAUUUGAUUACAACCCUGUCACUCAGUGUCAGACACUUGUUAGUAAUCAUCUUAAUGAUUAUCUAAUUCCCCUAAAACUACAUACUCCCUGAUAAUUAGAAAAUAAUCGUUUACUACAUUUCUAAUGCAUUUAGG